AUGUUUUCAGUUGAUCCAAACAUAAGACAGACAACAGAUGAAACUCCUGGAGGAAGUCAGUCUGUGUCAUUCAGUUGGAGUGAUGAAACAACACGCUUGCUUCUCAAUCAAUAUAAAAUGAAUGAGAGCAUGUUUUCAUCUCCUCAUUUAAAAAAAAAACAAGUGUGGGAAAAAAUAGCCAAUAGCUUUAAAAGCUAUGGCUAUUCUGUAACACCAUUACAGUGUGAAAAUAAAUUUAAAUCUUUAAAAAAUAACUAUAAAAUAAUAAAAGAUAAUAAUAAUAAAAGUGGGUCGAGCAGGAGGAAGUGCCGUUACAUGGCUGAAUUGGAUGAAAUAUUUGAAAAGGAUCCAGCGGUACAGCCUGUUUCUGGGUCGAGCAGGAGGAAGUGCCGUUAUAUGGCUGAAUUAGAUGAAAUAUUCGAAAAGGAUCCAGCGAUACAGCCUAUUUCUUUAGCUAGUUCUUCCUCUGGAUUUAAUAAUUCUGUUAUGGUAACAGAAAAUGAAAAUAAUACAACUCAGGAAACGCCAUCACCUAAAGCAUCUGCAAAGAAAAAGUGCAGGAAAGAAGAAGAACCGGAAUGGUUUAAAAAUUACAGAAUUAGUGUUGAAAAACGCCAUGAAGAAAAU